CCAGCAAUAGGGAGCGCCGGGGGAGUUCAUGUGGCACAGCUGUUCGCCGAGGGCCACGACGGCUGGAGGUGGUGGAGGCGACCGCCGGAGUGCGUUGUGCCUCGUUUCCAACUUGGGGAACUCCGGAGGCGAGCGUGCCGGGAUGCGCGGCCCCUGCCUCAGUUCUUUAGUUUGCAAGGGAGCUGUGCUUAAGUUCGCCGGUCCUUGGGAGUGCUUGCUCUAAGAGCACGAGGGACGUUUGAGGGGGAGGCAUAAGGGGGUUGUAAGUGCCUGUACAGGCUUGGAGGAAGCUGGUGCAAUUAGAAAGUACUUAUUUUCUGCCUUAGCUUCCGCCGUGCCCAAAGUUAAACGUAGAACGUGCAUCCCUCUUCCCCGACCCUUGCCCGAAAAGGCUGGAGCGGGGAGCGGGGAGCUGGGCGGCAGUGGCCUCCGCACCUUCCGGGGCCAGGGAAGGCCUCUCCUGCGUGGUCGGUGGUUGAUGAUGUGAUGUUUACUUCCCUUGUUAUUAAAUGUUUUCACAAUUUGCUGGUAACUUUCCUCUUGUUCAGCCCAGUUUCUGCCAUGAUUUAGUGGUAUCUGCAUACUUAAGAUAUGUACAAAAGUUUAAAAUUUUGGGUUUGUAGGUGUGCAAAAAUACGUAUUAAAAUGAAUGUGUGUGGGAAGAUUAAAGAUCCUCACGUUUCUUUAUACGUACUCCAUCCUGUCAGAAUAGAGGUAGCUGCUAAAAUGGUUAAGAAAUUAAUUACUAGGUAAAAUCCAUAUAUACUUGUAGGAAAAGUCCCCUCCAGCUUAUUGUACAUGUUCGACCUGAUUUGAAAGGUACUAAAAUGAACUAAAGUUUAAUUAUGACAUGAAACAAAAUAAGUUUAUUUAGUUAUAAAUAUUAUGUGCUCAAUACUUUCAGAUACAGCUGUGAUGUACUUCUGGCAGGUGACGCUACUUAGUUUGGCUAAGGGUAUUGGAAUUAGUUUCUUUUCAUAGCCCAUCAUCCCAUCCAUUACUGUACGAAGCAGAAAAAAAAACCCCUAAGUGUACUUCUAGUAUCUGCUGCUAUUAAUGUUGCCUUUUUCUUGAAGGAAGAGCUCCUAACAUUUGGGUUUUUUUGGCUGGCCAAUUGGGAAAGCAAAGUCAGCUUUCCGUGGCAUGUUUUACUUCUAGAUAUGCCAGUGUUGCAGAACUGUGAGUGUGUGAGGUGGCCUGAUUUAUGCUUAUUAGUGACACUGCAGGUAAAUCCCAGGCAUUCCAAAAUGGACUGUGCGAUUCCAAUGUAUAUGAUAAACCUUAAAGCAGCUGUGUUCCCAUACUAAGGUUUGCUAGGAUAACAAUUGCAAAAGCAUGCUCUUCUUUAACUAGAAGCUAACAUCCCUUUACAUGUUAGUGUUAGCAGUUAAUGAAACUCACAUACUAAGUGGAAUGCAAUGUUUCUUAAACAGUUUUAUCUUCUACUGAUAUGGAAUUUCAGUAGAAAACAUUCAUAUUUAAUGAACUGUCUUCAGGGUAAGAGGUAGGCUUAUUAUAUUGGUCUAGUCACCAAAGCAAAGAUAUUCAGAGUGAAGGUUGACACUGUCAGCCAGAAGUUGCUGUCAGACUACAUCAGCUGCUUAAUUUACAUCAGAGAGGAUUCAAAGUGAUUCUAGGAGCUACACAGUAGCUGAAAUUUAUUUCAUAUUGUUUACACAAUGAAGAAUUUUCUGGAGUAAAUUUAGGUUUUUGUAUGUUAGUUUAUGUAAUAUUAUUUUAAGUGAAAAUUAAAUAAAGCAAUACCAAUAAAAGGAGAGGGAGCAUAUAAAUGGGCACCUUUGUGCUCACAGCAGAAGUUUAAUACAAAGGGUCUGGGACCUUUUUUUAGAUUAUAAGAACCUAAUUUAACAUCAUUUUACUGUACGAUCUGUAUAGCUCACUGCAGAUAUAAAUUAUUUAUGGACAAUAACCAGAUUUCAAAUGCUACAAUGAUUUUGAUAUUGACAGUAUAUUUUGCGAGGCUUUGUCAGCUGUGUCACUGUUAAAGUGUCUGUUAGAUGAUGUUUAACCCAGCACAAACUGGAAACAUUUCUGAAGUACUUUUAGAGUGAGUGCUUUACCUGGAUGUACGCAGAAAAACACGUAAUAAAUAUGUUUACAACCAUUCUGGAAAAGUUUUAGGGAAUAAAACAUUUUAAAAUAGUAAAAAGUAUUAAUUAUGUUCUGGUUAUUGAAUUUUAGGUCUUCUGCAUCAUCCUCCCAUGACCUCAAGUUACUGCGAUUUGGAUAAUUUGCAUACAGACCUUGUACCUACACGAAUGCUUGAAGUUGUAGGGUUUUCAGUAGGUGGCACUCUUACCUAUAGGUUAGUGUAAUGUUAGUGCUGCCGCAUGUUGGCAUAAAGGGAAUGAGGGAGGAAGAGCACUGGUAGUCAUCAGUGUUUUUGAUGAAGUGUAUAAUACUGAUUUAUUAGUUUAGAUAGACUUCUGCAAUCAGAACCCUUUUUGCAAAUGACUGCAUGUUACUAGUUUUGUUAAUUCAGCUUACUUGAUGUCUCAUUGCAGGUUAGUUUGAGUUUAGUCUGCUAUAUAAUUUACUAAAUAACGUUAUAUAUAUACUGCAGUGAUGUUGCUGUAGCUCCUACUAUGGGAUGGAAUCCAAUCGCUUUAAUAACUUACAGCCACAGGAAAACAAGAGUCAGCAAUUUCCUAGAAAGUUUACAGGCUCACAUAUUUUCCAUUUUGCUGGUUGAAUGGCUGGUGGUCAAAAGUUCUGUUUGCAAGCUGAAUGAAUUUAUUGUUAUUGGCAGUAUUUCAGAACACAAAGUGAUUUCUGUAUAUUACUGUUUUAUAUGCUGCUGAAAUACAAAACUUUCUACAUAGCAGAAUGUUACAUCCAACAGUUUUGAUAUGAUUAACAGCUAUGAUAUAUUUAUGAUUAACAGCUAUGCUUGAACUCAGAUGAAUGUCACUCUGGCACCUAAAUGGAAGCAGUGUGGAAGAUGAUGGAAACAUAUGGAGAUAAGAACAGAUAUUAGACCUAAUACCUUAAGUUUAUUUGCAGUGUUUAGCUACUCUGUCACAUUUAUGUGACCUUAUUGGCUAAUAUAUUGCAACUGGUAAUAUUAUGGUACCUUAUCAGAUGUUCAGUGGUCAUGACCCACAGCUUACUACAUUUUUUUAUUUUUUUAAGGUUACCUUACCAAAAUUUAUGAAUAUGAUAAGAUUGAUGAAGAGGAUAACACAACUGGGGUUGUUUGAACGUGUGCAUACAAAAGUUUCAGGAAGUCUUGGAAAAUUUUGUGAGAUGGUGAACUGAGUUUGAGUAGAUCAAUGAUCAACAGCUCUGAUAAGCUAACUCGAAAGGGUGGCUCCUCAGUCUUCCACCAUGCUGUAGAAGGUUGGAAAAUCAAUUCUUCUUUGGUACUGGAAAUAAGAAAGAGCGUACUUCAGUUCUUGGAUGCUGAAAGAGAUGUCUCAGUGGUCAAAAGCAGCUUCAAGCCAGGAGAUGUAAUCCAUUAUGUGCUGGACAGACGUCGCACCCUCAACAUUUCCCGGGACUUGCACAGUCUUCUCCCUGAGGUUUCCCCAAUGAAGAAUCGCCGAUUUAAAACCUGUGCAGUUGUUGGGAAUUCUGGCAUCCUCCUGGACAGUGGAUGUGGGAAAGAGAUUGAUAGCCAUGACUUUGUAAUAAGGAAUGGUAUUACAAAGAACAGUAAGACUAAUUUGUGGGUAAUUUUGCAGCAAGGACUCACAAUAAAGAGGUGCAAUCUAGCUCCUGUGGUGGAAUUUGCUGUCGAUGUGGGAACUAAAUCUGAUUUUAUUACUAUGAACCCAUCAGUUGUACAAAGAGCAUUUGGAAGCUUUCGGAAUGAGAGUGACAGAGAAAAAUUUGUGCAUAGACUAUCCAUGCUGAACGACAGUGUCCUUUGGAUCCCUGCUUUCAUGGUCAAAGGCGGAGAGAAGCAUGUGGAGUGGGUUAAUGCAUUAAUCCUUAAGAAUAAAUUGAAAGUGCGAACUGCCUAUCCAUCACUGAGGCUUAUUCAUGCUGUCAGAGGGUAUUGGCUGACAAACAAGGUCCACAUUAAACGACCCAGCACUGGUCUCCUCAUGUAUACGCUUGCCACCAGAUUUUGUGAUGAGAUUCACCUCUAUGGAUAUUGGCCAUUUCCAAAGGAUUUACAUGGAAAGCCAGUCAAGUAUCAUUAUUAUGAUGAUCUGAAGUAUCGGUACUUUUCUAAUGCUGGUCCUCAUAGGAUGCCAUUAGAGUUUAAAACAUUGUAUGUGUUACAUAGCAGAGGAGCACUUAAAUUAACAACAGGGAAAUGCUUACAGCAAUAAAGCGCAUGUAAAGUAUAAUACAAAGUACAGAAUACACACUUCAUCAUAAGAUGUUGUGGAAUGGCAGUGGGAUCCCAGUGAGGAUAUGUUUCAAUAUCCACUAAGCCAUGGGAAAAAGGAUUCUUUUUUGGAAAUACAUAACCAGCUGUUACAUCUGUUAAGUGCUGUACAACUUAGCUUGCUUGACUGCAAGGGUUCAAGUAAGUGCCACUUCCACUAGGAGCAAAGCUUGAAUGUAUACUCAGUAGUGUUUACAGGAUUCAGUAACAUAUUCAUCAGAAUUAAAGAAGAAAAAUACAGCCUACUUACUGCAGACUUGCCACUGUGGUCAGACAGCCCACAGAAGAAAUCCACAGUGAAUGGAUUAUUUUCUUGAGCAAAUAAACCAAGCUUUGGCAGGACGUGUCAAGAUGGAAUCAAGUAGAGAAAGUGAAGAUCAAACAAAUCAGUAAAUGCCUUCAUUUAGAGGACAGUUUCUGAUCUUGUAUUAUAAUGUCAGCUUUUGUUUCUGUUUUUCUUAUUGCUGUUUGUUGGGGUUUGUUGCUUUUGAGUAUUGGAGCCGUUAAAUGAUUUUGAGGAUGUUAUGAAUAAUUAUUUAUCUUAUGGAAUUGUCUUAGGAAAAAAAUCAUAAGAGUGGGAGGGUGGAGGAAAGCAUCACGUAUUUUAUCAGUUGCUGUUGUGCUGUAUCCUGCUGUCACACAGCCCUUAAUGUCUCUUGUUUUUCUAGCUACCACUGUUAAUACCCAUUAUGUGGAACCACUCAGAGAUCAUUUUCAUUUUUAAAGAGAAGGUUUUCUAUUGUGCUCAGCUUUGAAGGUGUACAAGAAGGUGCCCUUAUUUUUGGUACCAAAAAUUACUCCUACGCACAUUUUUUCCUUGCCUUGAAGAAAUGGUGUAGAUUUAGUAUGAUGUUUAUUUGUUGCUGAAGAAAAUAUAUUCUUUGCGUUGUUUAAGUUUUUGAAUUAAGCAUCUCAAAGCAAAACUUCUUUACUGACUUAGCAUAUAGAAUUUCAUUCUUCAAAAAAAUCUUGAACAGUAAUUAUUUCAUACUUUCAAAUAUAUAUAUUCAUUUUUUGUUCCUAAUUGAAAAUAAAACACAAAGUCUAAAGGAACUCAGGUGACUUUGAAACACUUCUAAAGAAAAAAAAAAAGACCUAGCCAAUUAAAUGGAAAAUAAAAGAACUGUCAAUCAAACAGUUCUUUUAAUACUUAAAUUUCUAAUGGUGUUAGGCGAUGGAUCUCUAAUAUACUUCUUUUUUUAUCAGUUUGAUGUUCUGAUGUGUAAUUGAAGUAACACAGACCUGCAUUAUCUGGUAGUGAUUUUUCUGAGCAGCAGUCUUGUUUAUCAGCAAAACCAAGAUUUCUUUUACUUUUUUCAACCAACCUGUCCUACUGUCCAGUAAUUUCUUGUUCUCUUUUUUGAAAAUCACGGAGUCUAAAUUUUUAUCCUAUCACUGAAUCUAACAGGGUAAUACAGGACAAGGUUUCACCAACUUGGUUUUGCACAAGAAAUUACAGUAGUGUCUACUUGCAAGACAACAGUUUGCCCACAUCUUCUCAAUACGGGGCCUUAACCUCCUCUCAUGCAGGCUUUACAACGCAAUACUGCACACCUCUGGCACCAUGAGGUAUGUAAUCAUGGUUGUCUACCACCCUCCCCCUUCAUCCAUCUCAUAGCACCCUCUCCUGAAACUUGCAACCAGAUGUCUCCAUUCCAAAAGCUCAGGACUCAUCACUUUAGCUGUCUCCUGCCUUAGCUAUGUCUUGAGAUGAGGUGCAAUGUAGUGAGCGGUGGUUUUCAAAUCAUCCUCUGAGGCAAGUAACAGUUGUAGUCUUUGUCCGUGCUGGUUUUCACAAGCACUAGGAUUCAUUUUUAUAUUGCUCUUGCAAAAAAGUCUGUGUCCAUGUGGAGCCCAAAGCUUUUGGCACUCCCUGCUGUGUAAUUUGUUGUGCUGCAAAUUGUCUGGUUUGAGGUGGUUUGUGACCAACUUGGUUACUUGAUGAUGACCUGAGGUGGGACAUGCCCAGAGCUUUACUUUUUAGGUGACAUGGCCUUAGUUGUUAGGCCUCUCACUGUUGGGAAGCUGUAGCAGUCGAUGAAUUGCAGACACCCUUUUCAUACCUUUCCCUUAUACUUUCUGGCUCUGUAUUGCCCUGGGGCUCUUUGUGCAUUUUUGUUGAGGCACGACAGGACUUGAAUGAAUAAAACAGGUUACUUCCACUGUGUGACUAUUCAUCCCUGUAAGUGAUUCAGGGCAUAAUCCCAAAGGCUUAGCUGCUGUAUAAGGGUUUUACAAGUGGAGUAGAUACCACCUUAUGAUGCUUCACUGAGCAGGAGUCAAGAGCUCAAGUCUUCAUAGCUGCCUUGGAUGAUUUUUGAUGUUCAUUCACACUUCCUGUGCUGCCUACAGCACAGAUCAGAUAAACAGGCUUAAUUAUGAUUACCACUUUUACCAUCCAGCACUGUCCACAACUAAUGCAAAGUAGAUAGGAUAAAAAGAAGAAUGCCAGAUAUUGUAAUGAUGUCCUGGUGAGGAAUGCCUGUCAGUUGAACGUUCCUCAAAUCUAUCUUCACAUCAGUCAUAGCAGUUGCAAGUUAUGGUUCCUAAAUGUAUGCUGCUAAGAACUGGAAGCUACAUCAAAACAGCAGUGUGUGUUUUUUAAAAUUUUAUGGCAGCUUUACAUCAAACAGCUUGAUUUAAUUUAGAUAGAUUUAUUGUAAAGUGUUUAUUGUUAAUGUUUCCGUGUUACCGCUGUCUUUAGUUUUUCAUAAAAAUAAUAGAUUAAUGUGUUUGAUUGUUAAGUUUUCAGCUUUGGGACAGUUCACUCGCCCAUAGCUCUGAGCCAGUCUCCAGAAAUAAGAUCUACUGAACCUUUCAAACCUUGGCUGGUUUACACAAUCUGAUGUGUAAUAAAGACUUUACCAUUCUUUUGUUAAGUGACAUGUGCUUGAAGUCAGCACUUUUCUCUAAUAGACUGCAGUUUGAAGAGAAACAAAAGUGGGUUCAGUAUCUGUUUUUAGUGUUUAAUCUAGCAAAGUGCUGAGCACUCAUUCCAGUGACUUUCCUGGGAGAGACAUGUCCAGGAUUUAGAUGGGGAUCUAGAUUAGUAUAUUUCAGGAUAUAACUCUGAAAUUGCACAUAUUUAUUUUUAAGAGCACUGUUACUUUGUGUAGGGUAAAGCACAAUUGUUCUAAAUGUAGAUAAAAUAAAGGAAAAUCAUUUACUGAGAGCUUCAUUCCCACACAGUACUAUUGCUACUGAAUGUAUGUAAUACAAUUUUUGUGGUUUAAAGUAUUGACAGUAUUGUGUCAGGAUUAUUAUGUUUGAAAUCAUUAUUUCAAGUACAGCUAUGGGGAUUGUUUUUUAUUUGUAUAACUGUAAGAUAAAAAUUUUUUUCAUUCUGCUAUAUUCUGUUCCAUAUUCUUUUGUAACACAGUUGUUGAUAAUAUUUUUCAGUUAUGUGCUAAUUGUAAGGAUAUGUGGAAGGAGAGAGUCUGCUCCUUGAAGUUGUCUGGUCAGGUACUUUCUCAACACAAAAGGGGGUAUUAGGAAAAGGAGGAAGCUAUAAACAGGAACACAGAAAGACACAAACCUGACCGACAAAUGAUAAGGGAGGCAGCAGUGAGAACUAAACUCAUCACUCACACUAGCAGGUGAGGAUAUGUGGGGUGUGGGAAGGUUUAUUCCAGUAAGAUUAUCUGAUUGAGGUCCUUGUCGAAUGGGAUACUAACGAGAAGAGGGAAACAAUAAAGUAAAUGGAGACUGAAAGACAGGCAAAUCAUAAAGGACACAAAGACAAGCAGCCAGCCGUGUGAGUCACGCUAACUGAAGAGCUAUGAAGAAACUGCAGGCAAAUGGGACUUUGUGACUGAUAAGGAUACAGUUCUGAAGGUUCCGGGUGUUGGAGGGAGUCAGUGGAACUGUAAACUUACAAGGCAGUGUGCAGGGUAGUAAGAAAAAGGGAACGGACAGACAAGAGGCUAGUCACAUGUAAAUCGUGGUCACUCAGUACAGAUGUCUGGCUUAGCACUAAGCCCGAUUGCUACAAUCUGUCCUAACUCCCAAUUAAAUCUUUCCUUAACUACGUCUCUGCAUAAUAUUACUCUCUGUCCCAUGUGUGUGAGUAGUUAGGGACGCGGUGAAAGGAGUAGAUGCCAGCUGCUGGAGUCAGACCAUGGGUGUGGGUGACCCUGGUCUGUGGUUUUAGUUGUUGUAGUGAGUGGGGGCGGGGGUCAUCUCAGUUGUAGCCAGUUGGGUGUUGGUCUCCUUUCCCAAGUAAAAAGCGGUAGGAUGGGGAGAACCAGCCUCAAGUUGCACCAGGGGAAAUUUAAACUAGAUAUUAGAAAAAAUGUCUUCACUGAAAAGGGUGUCAGGCAUUGGAACAGGCUGCCAGAGAUGUCAUUGAGUCACCCUCUCUGGAUGUAUUUAAAAGACCUGUAAACAUUGCAUUUAGGGACAUGGUUUAAUGGUAGACUUGGCAGUGUUAAGUUUGUGGUUGGACUCAAUGAUCCUAAAGAUCUUUUCCAACCUAAAUGAUUCUGUCAUUCAGUGCCAGCAGAUAGAGCAAGUCAGAGUCUUAAAUCUCCAGCUGUGUUGUGGAAAUGGUGUGUGUUCCCAAAGCCAGCUGCUGUGAGUCACUAGUGUGGGUGAAGUGCUUGAGGGUCCCAGCACUGGUGGAUGGAGCAGGACUCUAGACCACAGCCCGUGUGCUUGGUGCUGGCUGCUGGAAGGCAAUCAUCUGUAUCCUCCUCAAAACUGGAGUGCAUGGGUAAUCACCAGCAAACUUCAGCCAGUGAAUUGAGGACCUGUGGGGCAGUCAAGGGGGACUGGACGUGAAGAGGGGCCUUGAUUGUUCUUUGAGGAUCAAUAAAUGUGUACAUGCUUGUGAACCUGGAGAGUCUCCUGUGCACGCUGCACUAGUGACCUCUGUCUCUGCCAGACCACAAACGUGAGGGGUCUGGGCUGUUUGCCUUUGUGUUUUUUCAAGUCCUCUACAGCAGUGUUGUUGGAGGCUGUGCCUCCUCUGUGGCAGUGUGUGUGACUGGACAGGUUUUGUCCUUUGUGUGUGUCAGAGGAACAUAUGCUCAGCUUUACUUCUGGUUGAGCCUGUAAAUGGGAAAGCAGCAGCCACGUCUCUCAGCCUAGGCAAGGAACCUGGGGUACCCUUCAUAAUGCCCCAUUAAUAAAAUCUAUUAUGAAAUGUUUGAAAUGGUUCACAUGAGACCAUGUCUUACCCAGUGAGAGCCAGACUUAAUCUUCAUAUGCAUUUCAGAAUUUAAAAGAAAAUUAAAAAAUAGCUUCUAGAAACCAUAUGUAAUAAUAGAGAAACCCCAUACUUUAUGCUUUAAAGCCUAUUAUUAAACUAAACAGUUAUCAUGUUUCAAUCAAUAACAGAUCUCUAAAACUUUACCAGCCAUACUGCGAACGACCCUACCCUCGCA